CCUCUUUGGCUCCUAGACCUUCUGGACUGUAUUUUUUUCUUCACUUUGUUUUUUUAUUUUAUAUUUUGGGCAGAGUUCUUAAAUUCACAUUCCAGCCCUUCUAAAUUUUGAAUUAUUAGUUUUAAGCAUCCUGUUUUUCUUUCAGGGAGAGCAGCAUCUUUUUCUUAAUGUUAACUAUUGUAAAAUCUUUUCAUUUGCUUAGACUCCAGAGGGGAAAGUCUAACCGAGUAUCUUAUGUAAGCCUGGAGUUAGAUGUUAAUUCUCUCUAUAUGGGGACAGAUACUAAUGAAAUCAAGUUAUGGAUCUGGCUUACCUCUAUCUCAUCUUGAGUUUCUAGUUUUGUUUUACAACGUUCCUUUCUACUUGGCUUCUAUCAGACUGUGGAGCUUUCAACAGAGUGAUAUGCACCCCAUUUCUCCUAGCAUGACUGUAAUCUGAUCAGUAACUGCAAGCCCUGACUCCUGUGUCUGGCAACUGUGGAGCUGGGGCCUCUUCACUGCCCCCAACUACAGCACCAUCAUGGCGGCCAUCUCUACUUCCACUCCUGUAAUUUCACAGCCCCAGUUCACAGCCAUGAAUGACCCACAGUGCUUCUACAAUGAGUCCAUCGCUUUCUUUUACAACCGGAGUGGAAAGUAUCUUGCCACAGAAUGGAACACAGUCAGUAAGCUGGUGAUGGGCCUGGGAAUCACCGUCUGUAUCUUUAUCAUGUUGGCCAACCUUCUGGUCAUGGUGGCAAUCUACGUCAACCGUCGCUUCCACUUUCCUAUUUAUUACUUGAUGGCUAAUCUGGCUGCUGCAGACUUUUUUGCUGGGUUAGCCUACUUCUACCUAAUGUUCAACACAGGACCCAAUACUCGGAGAUUGACUGUUAGCACAUGGCUCCUCCGCCAGGGCCUCAUUGACACCAGCCUGACAGCAUCUGUGGCCAAUUUACUGGCUAUUGCCAUCGAGAGGCACAUUACAGUCUUCCGCAUGCAGCUGCACACACGGAUGAGCAACCGGCGGGUGGUGGUGGUCAUUGUGGUCAUCUGGACUAUGGCCAUUGUGAUGGGUGCCAUUCCCAGUGUGGGCUGGAACUGUAUCUGUGAUAUUGAACACUGUUCCAACAUGGCGCCCCUCUACAGUGACUCAUACUUAGUUUUCUGGGCCAUUUUCAACUUGGUGACCUUUGUGGUAAUGGUGGUUCUCUAUGCUCACAUCUUUGGCUAUGUUCGCCAGAGGACUAUGAGAAUGUCUCGGCAUAGUUCUGGACCACGGCGCAAUAGGGAUACCAUGAUGAGUCUUCUGAAGACUGUGGUCAUCGUGCUUGGUGCCUUUAUCAUCUGCUGGACUCCGGGACUGGUCUUGUUACUGCUAGAUGUGUGCUGCCCACAGUGUGAUGUUCUGGCUUAUGAGAAAUUUUUCCUCCUCCUGGCUGAAUUCAACUCUGCCAUGAACCCCAUCAUCUACUCCUACCGCGACAAGGAGAUGAGCGCGACCUUCAGGCAGAUCCUCUGCUGCCAGCGCAGUGAGAACACCAAUGGCCCGACAGAGGGCUCUGACCGCUCAGCAUCCUCCCUCAACCACACCAUCCUGGCUGGAGUCCACAGCAAUGACCAUUCUGUGGUUUAGGAAGAAAACUCAGAGGAGAAGCCGGCUGUCCUCUCUGGAGGCAUAGACCACCUCCCCUACCCGCUUACUGGGCAAGGUGGAGCGUGAAAGUGGACAGAAAAAAAGAAACUUGUGUACUUAAACACUAACCAAUGGCAGUAUUUGUCCCCAGGCCCCCAGGAGACUUACUUGAUAGACGGUGAGAAUUAGUGUAUGUGACCACCUUUGUCCCGAGCCUUUUGGAAGUAGAAAGUGGGAGUUCUCGCGAUGGAAUUCCAAAAUAAACUGGAGUGUCCAGUAAGAUAGACUACAUACACUAAUAAGACUUUCGAAGAUCCUGUGUGAUUUGGUGCAAGUCAGAAGAAAUUCUGACCAAUUGAGGCUACAACUUCUUUUUUUACAUACAGGCUUCCCUUUGGUUUUUAUUUUUCAAGAACUUCCCUUAAUAAACAUGUGUAUACUUUUGACAGGUUUGUGAUGGGUCAGACUACAGACUGUUAAGCUACCAUGAUUGCCUUUUUCUUUCCUUGUAUAGGAAAACUGUAAAUUGGUCAUUAUUAUUUUUUGCCUAGAAAGCAUGCAUGUAAUGUAUGUAUACAGUAUGCUUUACUUAAAAAGAGAAAAGAAUACUAAUUUUAAGAUUUCUAGCAAAGAGAAGUUCUAGUUGUAUUUGUUUAGGCUCUGAGAGAUGCAAUGCUUUAAUCACAAUAUUACCGUUUUAAAUUAAAGUGUUGUAACAAGGGAAUAUGAGUUUAUCACCAAAAGAUAUGCUCUAAAAAAAUCAUAGAAGACAAAACAUAAUGAUAUUGUUUCUACAUAUUUGAGAACCCAAGUGUGUUCUUAUUGCCUGUAUGUGAGAAAAAAAAACUGUAACAGCCUGUGGUUUUCUGAGUUAUGCAAUAAUACAUACUUACUGUAGAAAACUUGAAGAUUGCUGAGACAUUUAUAAAAAAAUAAAAGAUAAUUUCCAAUAAUAUUACAACUCAAAUAACCAUCAUUAGUGGUCUCCCUUCCAUGUAUACCUAUAAGCAUAUUAUAUGCUUUCUUACGUAAUUGGGAUAAUGAUGAAAACAGUUUUAUAACUAGUUUUUAUUGCAGAAUUGCCAGAUUUCCUUAUGGUAUUAAAUUUUUUCAGAAACAAUUUUAAUGGCUGUAUAAUAUUCCAUUUAUCUGAUCCAACUCAUUUCAUUUAACCAUUGCCAUAUCAUGGGCUAUUGAGGUUAUUUCAAAUUUUUACUGCUAUAAAGUUGCAAAGAAAAUGUUAUAUAUGUAAAACGUUGAAUAUAGAAUUUCUUAGAUUGUAUUCCCAUGAAGGACUUGUUUUUUUUAAAUGUGAACUAUCUUCUUAUACCUGUAUUUUUUCUAAAUAAGGAUUUCCUACUUUUGCACUGCUUUGGUGGCAGUUGUAAGGAAAACCAGUUAAAAUUCCUUUUUUUUUUAACAAAGAAAGUGGUUACCUUAGUUGAGAGUGGCUUUCUUUUAAUGUAGCAGGAUGGAUGUGAAAGUCAACAGUCUCAGUUAACAAAACACUAGCAAUUUCACCUUUUUAUUUUUUUGCAAGGAAUGCUACCCACUCUUGGUAGCCACGACUAUAAUGUAAUACUGAAGAAAAUGCAAAGAAAUAUAACAUGGCAUGUAAAAGAAUGAUCUGUGUAUUAAAUAGCUAGGGAAUUUUCUCUAGCAAGGGGAUGGCAUGACUGGGUAUGUGACUGGCUACAGUGUGUUCUCCAGGAAUUGCCCACAUGGGUGGCUGCCAUGUUAGGUGACGUCUGUGGAAUAAGGCAUUGUCCAGGCAAACUCUGGAGUGUUUCAGUUUGUUGUAAAGAGAAACCAGAAAGUAAUGCAAUCUUGAAGCAGGUAUGGGGAAGUCAGGAGGAAGUCUCAGAGGAAGAACUGAAGAAUGACUGUCUAGGAAGGAGGAAAUCAGUGCAUGGCUGGCUUUUGAACAGAGAGGGUUGAUUUGUAAAGCACUGCCAGUGAUCAGAACAUGGGAACCCAUUGACAGAAAGGGGUCUGCAUGAAUGUUACACAAAACACAGAGCAUUUUAGACUGGAAGUAUAAGAAGUGAACUUGGACCGUAACUGAUGUGCCUAUUUUGAUGGAGGAGCUGUGGACUAUUUGAAAUGAAAAGCAUCCUAAUUGGACUUAAUAAAUCAUUCUUAAUGAGU